CGUGAUAUCCUAGAAUUGUCCACCAUGAAUCCCGACGACAACGACCCCUUCCUCCAAGUUCAAGCAGACAUCCUCGCCACCCUCAACACUACGCGCCCCCUCUUCUCCUCCUACCAACGCAUCCGCUCCCUCGCGACCAAACCCAACAACCCCGAACUCCUCCAGGCUCGCGAGGAACUCCAAUCCACCCUCCACGAACUGAGCACAGACCUCGAAGACCUCGUCGACAGCGUCCGCGUGGUAGAAAACGAUCCCUACCGGUAUGGCAUCGAGCUUGAUGAGGUCGAGCGACGGCGGAGACUCGUAGAGGAUGUGGGUCGGGAGAUCGAAGGGAUGAGGGAAGGAUUGCAGAAGACGGUUGCUUCGAAUGCAGCUACCGCCGGAAGGGAGGCGGGGGGUAAACGCGUCCCAGCAGAUAUCUCCGGCGGCGGCGGCGGUAUUGGUGGAGAAGGAGGAGGAGGAGGAGGUGGUGCGUUGCCCAACCCGUCUGAUUUCGAUCAUCUGCUUGAUGAGGACCGCGAUGAGGAUUAUUAUGCGGAGCUGGAGCACCAGAGACAGUUGGAAAUGAUGCAGGAGCAGGAUCAGCAGCUUGAUGGCGUGUUUCGGACCGUAGGCAAUCUGAGACAACAGGCAGAUGAUAUGGGAAGAGAGCUAGAAGAGCAGGCAGAGAUACUGAAGGAUGUCGACACUCUUGCGGACCGAGUGGGUGGAAAGCUACAGAGCGGAGUAAGGCGAGUAGGACAUAUAAUCAGGAGAAACGAGGAUACGAUGUCAAGUUGCUGCAUUGCAAUUUUGAUUAUGGUUUUGAUCCUGCUAUUAAUUUUGGUCAUCGUGCUUUAA